AUGUCCGCAGAAAUCGUCAAGAAACAGCGGGGUAGGCCGAAGAAAGUGAUAUCCGAUCCUGUGGAGGUAGAUAUACCAGACAGCGCGCAGACGUCGACGACGAGGACAAAAUCAACAAAAGCGGGUGCGAAGAAGGGGAAAGCUACGCCGGUGAUCUCUGCAAAGGUUACCGCGGUCAAGAAACCCGUAUCGAAGACUGUCGAGCCGUCUGCGGCGACGAGGAUACCGUCAACGACUACGACGUCGAAGAUAUUAGAACAAGUGAGGGGAUUGGAAUCCAGGAAAGCCUCUGUGCCCGAGAGCCCUGCGCAGAAUGUUGUGGAACAAACACCCAAAAACCUAUCGGAGGCAGCGCCGAGGAUUAUUGCGUCCAACGCUUCACUAGAGGAUAUACAGCCCAGAUCAUCUGCGCCUCCCCCUACGACUCGUGCGGCGAAUGCUGCAAAACCAGCUCCCGUCAACCCUCCGCCCCCGGUGAAUAUGAGCCCGCCUUCACCUCCACCUCCGGCGUCGAAAGCCCACGUUCCGUUGCGAGAACUGAAUUCGGCCAUCGUGUCGGACAUAUCUACGAGAGCGGGUGCAAGACCGAACACAAGCAGCGGGAGUCGAGCGUUGCCCAAGAACUACAAGCCGGUUGCGAGGAAAGUUUCGGCUGCCAUUGUGGCGAUGCCGAUUCUGAUUGUUACGAGUUAUGUCCUCUACCAGAGACUGGUCCUGGGACAGGAGAAGAAGCUUUUGGUUCCUCCGCCGCCUCCAGAAGGAGGGAAGAGGGGAGAUGUGGUGAGGAACCAGUAA